AUGCUGGACGAAGCUGCUGCGUUGGCACAGGUUACUGGAGAUGAGGAUCUCCAACACGCGUCGGUCGAGCACAGAGGUUCCGGAAUUACGUGGUGUUAUCUGGAACACUGCCGAUCUGUAGCGGUGGGUUACCAGAUCGACGAAGGGGAUGCAGGAUUGAAGAGACCUAAGGGUUUGGUAAGAGGAAUCGAGAGGAAUUGCUUAGUUUGUGAGGUUCCCGUGCCUUCCCUCAAGCCAACUUUCAAUUCGCCUUUCGCUCUUUGUUCAGUAUUACUGAUUAGACGUCGUUGA